AUGGUUCAUCGCGCGCUCAGUGGCUUCAUCCUGGAUGCGGAAACCGGCUUAGGCCUGGGAGGAGCUCUGAUCAACGUCGCCUCAAUCAAUCACUCAGUUUCUAGCGCCUAUCCCAAUGGGGAUUUCUGGCGUCUCUUCCCUAAAUCUGGUAUAUUUCAAGUCUGGGUGACUCGAGAUGGCUAUUUUGAUUCUGACCCGGUAACACUUGACACUAGCGAACUGCCUUACGUCUCCUCUGCCCAGACGAAUCGUCUUAACUUUACCCUCUGGCCAACCCAUUCUGCACGUUUUAAGAAAUGGUCCUCAAUUUUUGACUUUAACUUGACCGAGAACAUGCAACCCGUCUACACCUUGGCUAUGGAUGAUCUGGGGGCUAAUAGAACCUCUACAGACGGAGUCAGCCGUACUAACGUUGCUAUUCUCGAAUCGGCCUUAGUAAAUCUAAAAAAUCUGUCAAUCUUCACUUCGGCCGGUAAACUGAGAGCUUUUCCUUCUCGUGUCAAAGUAAAUUCUCAUAUAAUUCUACUUUUAGAGCUAUUUCAUUUCUUGCUUGUGUCUACUGCUCUUUUUAUAUUCCAAUUUUAUAUCAUAUAA